CUGCAUUCAGACGGACAGGCUGAGAGAAUCAGCUGUAACUCGGUACGCCGACAUCACUGCUAUCUGCCGUUACUCAGUGAACAGUCAUGAGCGAGGCACCCCAGAAAGAACUGGUCCAGAAGGCCAGAUUGGCCGAGCAGGCCGAGCGUUAUGAUGACAUGGCCGCCGCGAUGAAGGCUGUGACGGAGGACAGCGAACAGCUGUCCAACGAGGAGCGUAACCUCCUGUCGGUGGCCUACAAGAACGUGGUGGGUGCCCGCCGCUCCUCGUGGCGCGUGGUGUCGAGCAUCGAGCAGAAGGCCGAGGGCAGCGACAGGAAGCAGACGAUGGCCAAAGAGUACCGGGAAAAGAUCGAGAAGGAGCUGAAAGACAUCUGCAACGACGUGCUGGGUCUGUUGGAUGCUUUUCUCAUCCCCAAAGCCACUGUACCAGAGAGCAAAGUCUUCUAUUUGAAAAUGAAAGGAGACUACUUCCGCUAUUUGGCUGAGGUGGCCACAGGAGACGAAAAGAAAAACAUCAUUAAAGACUCGCAGAACGCCUACCAAAGCGCCUUCGAUAUCAGCAAAGAAGAAAUGCAGCCCACACACCCAAUCCGUCUAGGUCUCGCCCUCAAUUUCUCCGUUUUCUUCUACGAGAUCCUGAACUCGCCUGACCAGGCCUGCCAUCUGGCCAAAUGCGCUUUCGAUGAUGCCAUCGCAGAGCUCGACACACUGAGUGAAGACUCAUACAAAGACAGCACACUUAUCAUGCAGCUACUGCGAGACAACUUGACGCUGUGGACCUCUGACAACCAGGGUGACGGAGAGGAUGCAGAGGAGCCCAGAGAUUGAGCUCGACCCCCCUCCCCCCCCUCUUAGUCAUUCCCAUCUGCCUGCCAUUGUCCCGGCUCAUCUUCAUCACCAUCAUAAACACUGAGACCACCUCAUUAUCAUCAUCAUCAUUGUCGUCCAGCUCUCUCCAUCUAUUUUUCUUUUUUCUUUUUUUUAAUUUUUAAAAAAUUUCAGUACUCUCAACACUCAUCUCACUCCUAUCGGUUUCUUCGUUUUGUAGUAACUGUGGGGAAAAGGGGGAUGGGGAUAGGGAGGGUAAGGUCGGGAUUGUGUGGAAAGGGUGGGAAAGGGUCAAGUGCGUUUGGGUUCGGUCUGCUGACUUUUUUUUUUUUUUGCAGUCUAUGGGAGAAAUUGGGUGUUGCAUUAUUAAGGUGGUGGGUGAGAGGGCAAGUUCUCAACACAAAAUACGCAGCUGGUUGAGUUUUGUUUUUGUUUUUUUUUUAGAGUCAGGAAACAGUCGUACUGUAUGUGUUAUCCUAUUCAUGUUAACAGUGCUGUUGUUGUUGAUGAGUACAAUCUAUCAGAUGAAACACCUGGUUACACAAAGUCAAGAGUCGGCUCUGCAUGUGCGAGGAAGAAACAGUAGCUGUUAGUUGGCUGGAGGUAAAAGCGGAGGAGGCGAUGGGGAGCGCUGGAGGCAAAAAGGCAAGAGUUAGUUGGAACAUAAAGGUUACAUUCCAUUUACUGUCAGUUGCUCAACUUUCUACUCAUUUUUUUCUUUUUUUAAAAUUUUCGGGUGCAUUCUUAUUUCUAUGUAUUAAUUACGAGGUAUAGAAAACUCAAGAACAAAAGAGCGCACAAGUUUGUCACUCUUUUGUACGAGCACAGCAGUUGAAAAAAAAAUUCCCACAUGCUUAUCUAGUUACUGCUUUUUCUAAUUAAUAUUUUUAUUUGGUUUGUCUUUUUAUCCUCCUUUUUCUUUCAAUACUUGCCUAAACUGCAUGUCGGUAAGAAGUAGUUUGUGGAGAUGUUAAGGAAGGUCAUUGUCAGGCUGGCUAGCUUCAUGUCUUUGGAAAUUUUCAUACAGAACACCCAAGCAUAACUGUUAUUUGGGGGGAAAUGUGUAAUUUCAUGUAAGUGGAAUAAAAAAAGAUAAUUUAAAAGUU